CCAGCAAGAGGCGGCCGGGUGUGGCCCCAGCUCCUCACACCUCCUGGCAACCGGGCCUCGUCAUGAGAAUUCCUGGAAAUAAGCGCAUGAGCACUCAGAGCUCAGAACGUGGUGCUGCCCAGCCACUGUUGCUGGGACAGAGGUCCUCCAGAGCACCCGGAUGGAAUCAUCGCCAGGAUCCUCAUCAUGCUGACCCCCCUCCUCCCUAUGGUCCUCCUCCCCGGAUGUACUUUGAAGGCCCCCAAGUUGUUCCUGUGAGCACCGACAGCCCGUGGGAGGUGAGAAGCCACAGGGGCCUGACCUGGGCGGGUCCCACCUGCUUCCUGCUCCCCACUGCCAGAGCUGUAUGCCGGCAUGCCUGUGGUGGGGACGUCCAUGCCAGUGCAGGUCGUGUGUCCCUACUGUGGAAACCGCAUCAUCACGGUGACCUCCUUUGUCCCGGGCGCCCUCACCUGGCUGCUGUGUAUCACCCUCUUCUUGUUCGGGUGCGUCCUAGGCUGCUGCUUCCUCCCGUUCUGCAUAAGGAGCCUAAUGGACGUGAAGCACUCGUGUCCCGUGUGCCAGCGCGAGCUCUUCUACUACCGCCACCUGUGAGCUCCUAAGAAAUAAAUGCCAGGGGCGCCACCUGGGCACACCCCUA